AUAGGUCGCCCCAGCUGCACUUCCAGCUCUAGAACGCGGAAAACAUUCAAGAUUAAUGCAAUUAAAAUAGGCGCAUAUAGUCAGGUGGCAUAAGAUAUCUGAAAAAAACAACUACUUCAAGUCGAAAUGAUAUGGACCUGCAACAGUUCCUUACCCUGGAGCGUCAGCAACUACAGAAGGAUCGGGAGCGGCUGGCCAACGAAAACCCGCUGACAUGCCCCGCAGCCCUGCUUCUGGAAGCCGCCGACUUCAAUGUGCAAUGUCGCAGGACAAAGGAGUCCAAUGAACCCGUCGCUGUGUCUCCUUCCUUGGCAACCGGCGGCCAAAACGAAGAACUUCUUUUGGACUUGGACUUAGGAAGCCUGGAACGUGUGGAUGGGGAAGAUGGGGUGCAGGUCGAGGCAGACUUCAGCCCAUCUAAAUCCACCAAGGAAUUGGCAAACCAACGCCAGCUGCUCGUCGGCAGCGCUCGUCAGUACAAGUCGCCAAAUGUGUCGCUACGGCGCAAUUUGGAAAGCGGGCGACCGCUAAGUGAGAACCGCUUGCCAAUCCGUCGGUCGGAUGAUAUGGAGCAAUGGGUUACGGACACAUUUUACUCCUACUUUCCCGGCUUUAACAAUGAAAAUCAGAAGCGGCAAAAUUAUUUGCGUGAGCGACAGCGCGAGAACCAGCAGAAUUUUCUCAAGCACCAGAUGCUCCAUCCGCCAGUCACCAACAAGCAUCAACGACCGGGUCACGUAAAGAAGACGUCACAACCUGCUCCAGCUCCUGCCCCCGAGAAACCCCGUUCCUCCAGCCAAUCUAGCACAAGCAUAUCCAACCAGAGCACAACUGAUAAGACUGACCUAGAGUUAAUUGUAAAUAGUAAUCCCAAUUAUGUGCCGCCUAAAAUUCGGCCGGGCACAACACGUCAUAAGCUCCUCCAGGAUCUUGGCCAUGUGGAGCUUUCUAAUAUUGUAACUGGGGAUGGCAUUAUGGAACGCAAUCUACGUAGUGCUGAGCUGGAAACAGCUCGCAAAAAGGAUUACCAGCGAGAUCUUAUGCAGCAAAUUGAGGAUAAGCGUCGUUCCAUCGAGCUCUUAAGAGAAAAGGAGCGCCGACAAGAAGAGGCCUUGACCAGACGUCUGGAAGCACAACUCAAGACAAUAAAGUUGGAGGAGCAGUUGGAAAGGGAACGUCUGCGCGCUGAAAAGGCACGCUUUGACUCGGAACAGAACCGCUUGAUGCGCGAACAGUUGCUGACCAAACUGGAACAGGAUGCCCAGUUGCUGCAGGACAAGGGCAGAGGAACAACCAACAACUUAGCCGAAACAAGCAAUAACGCCAACAAAGUGUAUAAGUACUUCAGUAACUCGGCUCACCACGAGUACAGACGUGGCCAGCCGUUGCCGGCGGCCGUUGAUCUCGAGUUUGAGGUGCCUCAAAUGGCCAAGAUUGAGCGCGAGUGCUUCCAUUUGUGCGAGAAGAUCUGUCCGCUUUGCGACGAGCCGCUAAAGAACUACGAAAGCUGUUGUCUGCGAUGCCAACGUAAGAUGGCGUUAAAGCUGAAGCAAAGUGAACCGAACCGGAGGGAUGCCACCAAAGAAGAAAAACAGGCCGAAGGCGACUCCGAGGAGGGAAAGCACCAGGAAGAUGAUCGCGAGGAUGACGACCCCAACGAACACAAUUGCCAGAGCAGUUAUGCCUUGGUGUGCCACAAAUGCGAGCGCCUUUAUGCCAUGUGUGGGGAUUGCUUGGCCAAAAGCGAUGUUUGUCGCGCGUGUCAGCGAGAGCGGAAUGUCUGCAUGAACUGUCGUCGAAAUCUGUGCUCCUUUUGCCUAGAAGAGAUCGCUUGCGGUAGGGACACGGAACGCACUCAUGUCAAUGAAAAAAUCGAAACCCGUAGGGCGGAUGCUUCUUCGGACAAUGCUUUUGAAGUCUUGGAACUGAACUAUUCAGUGCCGCCAGCUAAUGACUCUACCGAUGCAGUCUCGCCCCCGUACUCUAUUAAUAUUGCACGUAAUUCGAUUUUCCAUGAGGAUCACAAGGACACGCCAUUCAAGGCCAAUAUCAUUGAUCAGCUUCCGGCAGCAGCCUCGGGUAGUGCCAACACCAGCUUCGAACUGGACAGUGCCGACGAACAAUCCAUGGAGCGAGUGCGACGACAAACAGAUCAGCGCUUGUCACGCUACCUCCGGAACUAUGGUGAUCUUGCCACCAAGCAGCAGCAAAAACAGAUGGAGUUGCAACGAAGCAAGAGCGAUUCGCGUCACCGGGGCACUCAGACAACGCCACAGUCGUUAGCCAGAAGGGAUGUGGUAUUGAGGGAGGCGGCGGGUCACAAUUUGUCAAUGCCCCUGCUGCGCGAGAUGCCAAAAAUGACGCGCACCGAAACGACGUUUGCUACGAAAACAGAGAAUGGCCAACGAAAGAUGGACAACCUUAAAAAGCGCUGGGAGGUACCCGCCGUGCAGAAGUUCACCGUUUCUACAUCAUCGCCUAAAAUCCUAACCCAGGUGGGAGCCAUCCGGAAACAAUUACAGGCGGCGAGAUUCUUUGAUGAUGUAAACGUUGAUCCGGACGAUUAUUGAAACUCAACGACAUGUUUUACUAUAAAAGCAAAAUAUGUUUGUGCGGAUUUUAUAAUUUCAACCAUUAUUCCAUCCAAGCAAUAACGAAUUUAAUUCUCCACGAAGUCUUCUUCAUUUAACUCGAAUUUUGUUUUGUAAAAAAACUUACAUGGAGUUACAGCUUUACAAUAAGCUGAUCCCUAGUGCUUCUACUUUAUUCCAUAAGCUUUAAAGUUUGUUAACGUUUCUGUUCUUAUUUCUUUAUGGACACAUUAAAGUUUCAAUUGAAA